GAAAUUAAAAAUUAACAAAAAUCUCAGAACCCGAACGAAACACACUGAAGAUUGAAAAGUCUCAAAGGAAAAUCAAAAUCGCAAAUAAACCCUAAAUCGCGUCACCGUCAUCUUCAACCACGCGCCACUGAUCCUCACUGCACCGUCCUCCGCCGUUCACAAAACCAUGGCGGCUCUGAAGGAACUCCUUCCAGAACCAAAAUCAUCCACAACAACAUACUAUGAUCAUAGCAACGAUCCAUGGUUUAAGCAAAGAUUCACUGCAACGGAAGAGGAGAAAUCCGCUGCAAUCGCACCCAAAAUUGUACCACCGUAUCUGAAACGAUCUGGUUUUGUUCCACGAAAGGUUGAGGAUUUUGGAGAAGGUGGAGCUUUCCCGGAGAUCCAUGUGGCACAGUAUCCGCUUGAUAUGGGAAGGAAUAAGAAUUCGAAGCCGGGUUCGAAGAUUCUUCCGGUUACGGUUGAUGCUCAUGGUAAUGUUGCUUAUGAUGCUAUUGUGAAGCAGAAUGAGAAUGCUAAGAAGAUUGUUUAUACCCAGCAUAAGGAUUUGAUACCGAAGAUUUUGAAGAAUGAUGGAGAUGAUGAAAUGGAGGAUGGUGAGGACGAGGAUGCUCAGCGUGAGAUUGAUGAGACUAUGGAGGAAACAAAGGCGGCGCUUGAGAAGAUUGUGAACGUGAGGCUUAGUGCUGCGCAGCCGAAGAAUGUUCCGAAGCAUAAUUCGGAUUCUAAGUAUAUAAAGUAUAAGCCUUCGCAGCAGAAUGCGGCUUUUAAUUCUGGUGCGAGGGAGAGGGUUAUUAGGAUGGUUGAGAUGCCUGUGGAUCCACUUGAGCCUCCAAAAUUUAAGCAUAAGAGGGUUCCUAAGGCUUCGGGUUCACCUCCUGUGCCUGUGAUGCAUUCACCUCCGAGGCCUGUUACUGUGAAAGAUCAGCAGGAUUGGAAGAUACCACCUUGUAUUUCGAAUUGGAAGAAUCCUAAGGGUUAUACUAUUCCUCUUGAUAAGCGGUUGGCUGCUGAUGGGAGAGGGCUUCAAGAGGUUCAGAUUAAUGAUAAUUUUGCUAAGCUUUCUGAGGCUUUGUAUGUCGCAGAGCAGAAGGCUAGAGAAGCUGUAGCUAUGAGGUCUAAGGUGCAGAAGGAGAUGCUUUUGAAGGAGAAAGAAAGGAAGGAACAGGAGUUGAGGGCUUUGGCUCAGAAAGCACGCUCAGAGAGAAUUGGUGUGGCUCCUCCGGCUGCUGCUGUUCCCGUUGUUUCGGAAAAGAGUGGUGUGGAUGAUGGUGAUAUGAGAGUUGAUUAUGACCACAGGGGGGAUAGAGGGGAUAGAGACAGGGAAAGGGAAAGGGAAAAGAACUAUCCCAAGGAGAGUCGGGAAGAAAAAGAGGAGCGGCUGGGACGUGAGAAGAUUCGUAUGGAAAGGAGAAAGGAGAGGGAGAAGGAGAGAAGGAUAGAAGCUAAGGAUGCUGCCAUGGGAAAGAAGAGCAAGAUUACUAGAGAUAGGGAUCGUGAUAUAAGUGAGAAAGUUGCUCUUGGUAUGGCUUCCACCAAGCAAGGGACAGAGGUCAUGUAUGAUGAGAGGCUAUUCAACCAGGAUAAAGGAAUGUCUUCUGGAUUUGCCACUGAUGAUCAGUAUAAUGUGUAUGAUAAAGGCUUGUUCAAUGCACAGCCAACACUUUCCACCCUGUACAGGCCGAAGAAGGAUGUUGAUAAUGAAGCUUAUGGAGGUGCAGACGAGCAGCUGGAGAAGAUUAUGAAGACUGAUCGCUUUAAGCCUGACAAAUCAUUUACAGGGACUUCUGAAAGGGCACCUCCUAGGGAUAGGCCGGUUGAGUUUGAGAGCGAAGAAGCUGAUCCAUUUGGUCUUGAUCAGUUCUUGACAGAGGUCAAGAAGGGUAAGAAGGCCAUGGAAAAUGUAGGUGGGGGAGGAACUAUGAGAGCUAGUGCCGGAUCUUCAAUGCGAGAUAGUUCUGAUGGAGGUUCUGGCAGGACUCGCAUUGGAUUUGAAAGAGGGCGUUAAGUGGAUCAGUGUUGAAGGCUAAUUGUUAUCAUGCUUAGGUUGGCAUGUCUUUAAGUGGAUUGUAAGGAUAACGUGGUUGAGUUAUUUAUCUUACUUUUUCUUGCCCCAAGCCUAUGGACCACCUUAUAAGUGGUGAAAUGUACUUGUAUUUUGUUUUGAAACCUUUUUAUGUUAUUUAUCUUUCCAUGGAGUUAUAUUCAGUGAAAUGCAAUGUUCAAAUUUUAAAGUAGAUCUCCACUAUUUGAAUGAAAUGUAUUUGGCUGUUACAAUGUACUCCAUGAUAUAUCUAGUUUUUUCAUGCCUGAUUACCGGAUAA